AUGGAGAUAUUUGCAAGCUCGGUUCUUCUGGGAUAUGACGACGGAGCACUCGACAUGGCGGAUACCAACAACACUCUCAAUCUCGACGACAAAUAUAAUAUCACCAUUGUCUCCUGCGCCUUGACUUAUAGCAUGGAGCUAAGUGGAGAAAUCUUCAAUGGUUACGUGUAUGAGGCGAAAGUAACGGGUACAACUUGCGAUAGUUCAUUGGGGAAGGAAACAGUGCUUGCCGCGGUUGAGAAAUGUGCUGACAGGUUGUCCAAAAACGACACUCCUAUGGGCUGUUGUCCGUUUACUCAUGGUGGGACAUGGAAUGGACAUCUGCGACUGAACGCUGAACCGAGUCUUUAUCCUGUACAUCAGGUUAAUUGUUGA